AAUAAAUUAUAAUGAUGCACUUGCACCUCAUGAGUCUUGGAAACCAAGAGGUGGGGUUGCUGCCCAUAAUAACUGCUUGCCACCCAAACUUCUUCCCUAUAAAUCUCUCAUUUUCUCUCAAACACUUCUCAUUCUAUUGCCACUACCCACCUCUUCCAUCUUCACCCAUAAUUCUCUCUCUCUCCUCUUAUUCUUCCCUAAUCAAUCAUUGUCUCUCUCGUUGUACUCACCAUUCAUCCAACCUGUUCUUACCAAAAUCUGGAACAAAGUUAGCUAAUUAGCUUGCGUGGCCACAUAUUGCUAUGUUUUCCUCCUAAAAUCUGAAAUCUGAAGGUGACCUCAUUUACCUCAAAUCUCUGUUUGUUUCCCGCGGGAAAAAAUGGAUACGUCCACGGCAUUGCUGCUUUUGACGGCGAUCACGGCUUACCUCAUAUGGCUCACAUUCAUGUCGCGGUCCCUAAGGGGUCCACGUGUAUGGCCUCUAUUGGGUAGUCUGCCGGGGUUGAUUGAGAACUGCGACCGCAUGCAUGACUGGAUCUGUGACAACCUCCGCGCGUGUGGUGGCACGUACCAGACCCGCAUCUGCGCGAUCCCCUUCCUCGCAAACAAGCAAGGUCUCGUGACUGUCACGUGCGACCCGAAGAACCUGGAGCACAUCCUCAAGACCCGAUUCGACAAUUAUCCUAAGGGGCCCACUUGGCAUGCUGUUUUUCAUGAUCUGCUUGGUGAUGGUAUUUUCAACUCUGAUGGCAGCGCUUGGCUGUUCCAGCGUAAGACCGCGGCGCUGGAAUUCACCACCAGGACAUUGCGCCAAGCCAUGUCUCGCUGGGUGAAUCGAGCCAUCAAGGAUCGGCUCUGCUUGAUUCUUAAGAAGGCUGAGUUGAAAUCCGAGCCGGUUGAUUUGCAAGACUUGAUGUUGCGGCUCACGUUUGACAACAUCUGCGGCUUGGCUUUCGGAAAAGACCCAAAAACUUGCUCGCCGAGCUUGCCGGAGAACCGCUUCUCAUUGGCUUUUGACCGAGCCACUGAAGCUUCGCUCCAGCGGUUUAUUUUGCCAGAGGUGUUCUGGAGGCUUAAGAAAUGGCUUGGCUUCGGAAUGGAGGUCGGCCUAAGCCGAAGCCUUGUCCUUAUUGAGGAGUAUUUAUCCAGUGUGAUUGACAAGCGCAAGCUCGAGUUGAUGAGUCAGCAAAAGGAUGAGAACCCGCACGAUGAUUUGCUGUCGAGGUUCAUGAAGAAAAAGGAAUCCUACUCAGACAAGUUCCUCCGACACGUGGCGCUGAACUUCAUCCUAGCUGGACGUGACACGUCAUCGGUUGCACUGAGCUGGUUCUUCUGGUUGGUGAUUCAGAACCCUACAGUGGAAGAAAAAAUCCUACGAGAAAUAUGCACCGUUCUGAUGAAGACACGUGGUGAUGAUGUGGCGAGAUGGGUGGAUGAGCCGUUGGAUUUUGAUGAAGUGGACCGUUUGGAUUAUCUCAAAGCAGCAUUGUGCGAGACUCUACGCCUCUAUCCGUCAGUGCCGGAGGAUUCAAAGUACGUGGUGGCGGACGACACGCUGCCGGAUGGCACAUUUGUUCCGGCGGGAUCGUCGGUGACGUAUUCAAUAUAUGCUGCCGGCAGGAUGAGGUCGACAUGGGGUGAUGAUUGCUUGGAAUUUCGGCCGGACAGGUGGUUUUCAUCAGACGCCAACAAGUUCAGAAUGCAUGAUUCCUUCAAGUUUGUUGCCUUCAAUGCGGGUCCGAGAAUAUGCUUGGGCAAGGAUUUAGCUUACCUACAAAUGAAGUCAAUUGCGGCGGCGGUGCUACUCCGGCACCGGCUGGCCGUGGUGCCAGGGCAUGAGGUGGAGCAAAAGAUGUCAUUGACUUUGUUCAUGAAGAAUGGACUCAGGGUCUAUGUGCAGAACAGGGAUCUGAGGGGAGUUUUGGCAAGUAUUAGGUAAUUGGCUAGCCAAGUAAAACAUAAAUAGACGCCUAAGCAUAUCAAGAGUAUA